AUGUGGAGUCCAACGAAGAACGAAACUCCUUACGUGGGAACAUGUGUGUUAAGAAAUGUCGGCAGUUGCUGGGAAAUGUAAGUAAAUCAAUUGUCUUUACGCAGAUCUUUUACACUGUCUAUUAUUACUGUUAUAAAUCUCCCUUAUAGCCUUAUACUACGGUGGCAUAUCUGAUUUUUAGACCAUUCUUUGCGAGUUUGCGUUGCCAAAAAGUUACGCCCUAUUUUCCCGCUGAAACGGAUGCUAAUAUUCAAGACCACUUGUUGACAUAUCAUCUAGGAAUUUGCAAUAUAACCUUGUUCCAAUGCCAGAUUCAAGUUGUACAGAUGUUAUGCAUACAAGAUAUUUAUGAUGUUAUGUGAACAGCUCAUUUUAUUCCCUUAUACUAUAAGAGUGUGGGGAAGUAAUAUUCAAAAUUCAAAUAUUUAUUUCAUUUACUGCCUCGCUUGAAAAAUUCGUACUGAAUAAUAUCUAUAUUGUUAACCCUUGACCUUGUUCUUAUCAAUUUCCUCUUCAAUAUCAAGUUGCAUCAAAGUUUUGGCUGAGUGACAAUAUUGAAACAAACAUGCGUAAUAUAUAAACAGUUUGAGACUGAUAAAACUAAUCGAUUCUACGGUUUUGCUGAAGACAUUUAUGACUAUAUGGCUUCUCGUAGAACAGCGCUAAUGGCGGUGCUGUUUUUGUUGGGAUUAAAAUGUCAAGAAAUCAUCGUUGAAUCGGAUUGUUCUUAUAAAUGUCGAAGCACAACAGGAACAGUUCAAGUAAGAUAAUAGCCCUAAUACAAUACAUUGUUUCGUAUUUGUAUUAAUUGUAUUGUAUUGAAUUAGAAGGAAGAGCUAGUUAUAAUUGUCAUAAACAUCUGAUUAAUUAAUACCUAUUCUAUUGGUCAUUUCUGUGUAAACUAUAAUUGCCUAUUGGUAGCCUGCGUAGCUGGCGGUUUUAAGGAUUGGGGUUUGAGGCGCGGGCACCGAAAAUUAGGGAGGCGAGGAUUUUCGGAGCCACGCAGGCGUACAAGGGGGGCAUGGAAAACCAUGGAAAUUCGGGCAUAUGUUAGGAAAAAUCAAGAAAAUUUGCAUGGACACAUUUAUCAAAAAAAUGUGUUAAAAUACAAUCCUCUAUUAAAAAUUCGGGCAAACUUUCAACUGCCACCCCCUCCUCCCCCCGGAAAGCAUCAGCCCUGUAGGCCUAUGAACAUAAUUAUAAUAAACGUAUAUACCAGUAUAUACGUUUAUUAUGGGGGGGGGGGGUGUCGGAGGAUUUUACCUCAAAUUUGAUCUUCAAUAUUAAAAAUUUACCCGAAGUGUAAUGAUUAUAGUAAAGCUUUUUCCGAUUGAUUUCCUCUGUCACACUAAGCUUCCAAAGAAAAGGGGGCCCCCCAAAUUUUUACAUUUUUGAAGCUCCAGGAUUGCAUUUCAGGCGUUUUCUAAAGCAAAUUCGCAAACGAAUUGGAUCUAAAUUGACUGUAUUCUACAAAAAUGGUUAUCACUUCACAAAAAAUAACGACUUUAUUACGCAAAUUUUACCUGAAAAUGUCAAAAUUUAAACUUGGAUUUUACCUGAUUUUUACCGGAGUUUCACCGUUGGGGGGAUUUACACUCCCCCCCCCCCACACACACACCCGGUCGCUACGUCCCUGGAUGCAUAUAUGUGUUGACAGGACGGUUAACAUAUUUGUAUCAAAGUUAGAAUAUACUAACUACGAUUAGUUGUCAAUAUAAUUAUUCAUUCCAUAUUCAUUCCACAGUAAGAAACAAUGUAAAUGACGUGAAUGCACAAUGCAGAUAGGCCGAAAGCCAAUUGCAGAACCAGAUGACAAUAAUUUUGAAGGAAAUAACACAAUUAUAUCUUGAUUUUGUUCAAAAUCUGUUCAUGUUUUCAAAAUAAAAGGACAGCACACUCAUUAGCCAUUAUCAAGCCAAAGAUAUGGGGUUUGAAUCGAUUGCUGACACUUCGUCACUCGAAGAACUUGAGGACUUCAUUGAUAGCGCAUAUUAUAUUGCGAAUGUCGCAGCCACGCCGAAUUUUGCUCAGACAGCCAGCUUUUCUACACCAUUUCAAUAACGAGCUGAUGAUAUCCCGACUAUAGCCGAGGCACAACUCCUUACAUUUAAAGAAAAAAUAGAAUCGCAAAUAGAAAAAUUGUUGACUAAAGUGUCUGAACAAAAUCAUAUUAUUGACACAAAUAAACAAGAGCUGUGCCGAUUAGGAAACGAGAAUUUGAAUUUAAAGUCACGCAUUACCGACCUAGAGGAGAAAAUGAUGAUUAAAGACUCGGCUUCCAUAACCUUUUCAAGUCCCUCAAAGCCAUCUUUACAAGAUAAGAAGUCCUUUAACAGUCCUGACAAUGUAAAUCCCCAACACGAUGAAUCAACUAAAAUAAAUUAUCAACCCCAGUUAAUGUAGAUAACCUGCCCGCUGAGGAAAGUUUCCCUACAGUUAUCAUUGAAAUAAAGAACAAUGCCCUAUUAUCCACACAACAAUCUAAGACUACAAUCAACUCCUUCAAAAAAGAUUACUCAUUAAGCCUGAACCGUGAGCCUUUUCAGGCUAAGAAUGUUUUAAACUAUUUGCCCUUAUGCGAAGAUCUAAGUAUAAUCGAAGAUGUUUCUGCAAACCUCACUUUUGACGAAAAUGAAUUAGAUCAGCGUGAGCAGGAUUUAUCCGAUGGGUGUCAACAUUUCAAGCAACGUGGGAAGCAAGGCAUAUGUAGGAAUUGCAAUCGAUCCUAUGCAAAAACCGUGUUAAGCCUUGAUGCCCUUAACCCUGACCAGGUGAAUCCCCGAUCGGAUAGGUCAAUCAGCGAGUCAAAUCUAAAGCAUUCUUCGUCCCCUCAUCUUCCAGCCCCGAGACCCUCAAGUCUCUUAGACACGGUCAAGUUACAAACCCCUUAGGGUUUCGAAGGCACCAUUGUAGCCGGUAUCCUUUUUUAAAACGUUGUCGUGUCAUUCCUUCGUAUCGGACAGCCCACCGCCACCACUCUCUAGAGUGGUUGGCCCAUCUCCACACAGUGGCCUGUUUGACGAGUCAGCAGCAGACAAUAUGAUGAAAAUACUUGUUAGAAUCACUUCACGUCAGAGACCAUCACGUCAGAGACUAUCAUAUCAACUAACCAUUAAUAAUUCUUCUAGUGUUAACAAUAACUUGCAAAAUAGAAAUCUUGUUCGUGUUCCUUUGUCCAACCCUGCCUCUCCAAACGCUUCCGCACUCUCGUGGUCACUCACGUCGAAAACCACUAAUGAUACGGCCUCAGCCCAUUUAACAAAAAAGUCAGAUAACAGCCUCAGUACCCUUCCAGGUCUCAAACUGGUCCACCUAAACAUCCGCUCUCUGAAAAAUAACGCCCAUUUUUUAGAAUUACGUACGUUUACCAAAUUUAACAAAAUUGACGUCCUUACAGUAUCAGAGACAUGGUUAAAUACCUCCGUCACGAACAAGGAAAUAGAAAUCGAAGGUUAUAAGCUACAUCGUUUAGACCGACUGCACAAGAAAGGGGGCGGGGUAUGUGCUUACAUACGAAAAGAUAAAAAAUCUAAAUCACUGUUGGUCUGUGUCUCUUAUCGACCCCCAGACAGCCCGCUUGACUGCUUCGAAAAAUAUUUUAAACCUAAUUAUGUUCAUGCUCUGACGAUGGGAAAGUUGAUCAUUCUUCUUGGAGACCUAAACUGCGAUAUGCUUAAGCCCACACCUGGAUCAGCGUCUUUGAUCAAGACGACAAAAGAACUCAACCUUAACCAGUUAAUAAAAUCACCAACAAAAAUUACUGAAUCCAGUCAGACCCUCGUCGACGUUAUUUUCGUAUCCUCGCCAAGACUAGUAGUCAACAGCGGCGUCAUAGAAACCUGUAUCAGCGAUCAUUUCCCUGUGUAUGUAUCACUAAAACUUAAAACCGAUAAAUCUCCACCAAACUAUAUCACUACCCGCAGCUACAAUAAAUACGACCCUGAUUUGUUCGCGAUCGAUCUGGCAUCCAACCGUGAUCGUCUUGUUUCCAUUUUCAGAAUGGACAAUGUUGAUGAAAAACUAACCAUUUUUAAUGAAAUAUUUUUAAAUACAUUGGAUAAACACGCCCCAGUAAAGACCAUAAAAGUACGCGGAAAAUCUUGCCCAUUUAUCACCCCGGAAAUAAAAGCAUCCAUGAUCAAAAGAGACCAGCUCCACAGUCUUUUCAGGAAAACACGUGAUCAUUAUGAUUGGCUUAAUUUCAGAGAGGCCCGCAAUUUUACAAAAACCGCACUUGUUAAUGCACAGAAAGAAUAUGUACUGAAGGAAGUUCAGCAACACAGAAACAAUACUGGGUCACUUUGGAAGGUAAUUAAAGAAAAUAUAGCGUAUAGGGAAAGAGAGUCGGUGGUCUACAGUAAGGAACCGAAAUUAGUGGCCGAAGAGUUUAAUCAUUUCUUUUCCACCAUUGGUGUGAAUGCAGCAAAGAAAGCCUCAACACUAAUACAAGAUCCUAGUGUUUAUCCAGCUCGGAAUCUUUCUGACGUAAAUCGCACAGAUAACAGCUACCCUGAAGAAAAUGAUAGAUUUAGUUUCACCCCAGUCUCUUGUUCAGAAAUAAGGAACAUCAUAUUUGCUAUGCCGUCAAACAAAUCACCCGGCAAAGACAAAGUGAGUAUGCGUGUCAUCAAACACAGCCUACCGGUAAUUCUUGGGCCCCUCACCGAUAUCAUUAACUGUUCACUGUCGUCAUCUUCGUUCCCUAUAGCAUGGAAAGAAGCAGAAGUUAUCCCUUUGUUAAAGGAUGGAAACCACGAGGAAGCAUCAAAUAACCGCCCACUUUCUCUCCUUACCUUUCUUUCGAAAAUUUGUGAAAAAAGUCGCCUUGAAUCAAUUUGGUUCGUAUCUAAUGAAGAACAAAAAAUUGUCAACCCACCAGAGCGGGAACAAGAAACAUCACUCAUGCGAAACAUUGAAUCUUUUGACCGGAGAUACUAUCCUAAAGGCCAUGGAUGA